GAUGAAAUUAGUGCAUGGACAACACUGUGGGCUUCGUCAUUCAGGGGAACAGAGACCAAUCCAAGCCACUGAAAAGAGAGGUAGUAAAGGAGCUUCAUCUACUAAAGUUGCUGGAGGGCUAUAUACCCUCCGGGGGGGAGGUUCUUAUUUUUUAAAAAUUGAGUUUCAGCUUCCAAAAUCAGGGCUGAAAAUCUUUUCUGCAAAAGAGGCUGCUGGAAGGAACCAUGGAGAUCAAAGGGGAGCUAGCUCUGCGGAAAAGGCAAGUCCUGAUUCUCUUUGUUUUGCUGGGAUUAUCUCACGCAGGUCCUGAAUCUGUGCGAUAUUCUGUGGCAGAGGAAACAGAAGUUGGUUCUUUUGUGGCCAAUCUUGCAAGGGAUCUAGGGCUUGGGGUGGAGGAGCUAUCAUCACGGGAGGCCCGGGUAGUGUCGGAUGAUAACGAAAAGCACUUACAACUUGAUUUACUGACGGGGGAUUUGCUCCUAAAUGAGAAACUGGACCGAGAAGAGCUCUGUGGCUCCACUGAGCCCUGUGUGCUGCAUUUUCAGAUGGUAUUAGAAAACCCUUUACAGUUUUUUCGGGCUGAACUGCAUGUCAAAGACAUAAAUGAUCACUCCCCUAUGUUUCUAGACAAGCAAAUACUUAUUAAAAUAUCAGAAAGUACCAGUAUUGGAGCCACAUUCCUAAUGGAGAGUGCCCAAGAUUUGGAUGUAGGAACGAACAGUCUCCAAAACUACACAAUUAGCCCCAAUUCUCAUUUCUACAUUAAAAUCCGAGACAACGGUGAUGGAAAGUUGUACCCAGAACUGGUCCUGGACAGAGCAUUAGAUCAUGAGGAGGAGUCUGAGCUCACAUUAACACUCACAGCACUGGAUGGUGGAUCUCCACCCAGGUCUGGAACAACUUUGGUUCUCAUCAAGGUCUUGGACAUCAAUGACAAUGCCCCUCAGUUUGCUCAGAGGCUCUAUGAAGUGCAUGUUCUGGAGGACACACCCGUUGGGGCCUGGAUUAUCACCAUUUUUGCUAAUGAUUUGGAUGCAGGAAAUUAUGGGAAAAUAUCAUACACAUUUUUGCAUGCAUCAGAAGAUAUUCGUAAAACAUUUGAAAUCAAUCCAGUAUCUGGGGAAGUUCAUUUGAGAUCAUGCCUGGAUUUUGAAGUAAUACAGUUCUACACUAUAAAUAUUCAGGCAACAGAUGGUGGGGGUCUUUCAGAAGAAUGUACUCUUCUGGUUAAAGUAAUAGAUAUAAAUGAUAAUCCACCAGAAGUGACCAUCUCAUCAUUUACGAAGUCAAUUCCAGAGAACGCCUCAGAGACUUUGGUUGCUCUUUUUAGUGUCCGAGACCAAGACGCUGGGGAUAAUGGGAAGAUGGUUUGCUCUAUUCAGGAUGAGCUCCCCUUUUUCCUGAAACCAACCUUCAAGAACUUUUUCACUCUAGUUUCGGAAAAAGCACUGGACAGAGAGACAAGAGCCGAGUACAACAUCACCAUCACCGUCACUGACCUGGGGACGCCCAGGCUGAAAACCCAGCACCACCUAACGGUGACGGUGUCCGACUGUUUUUCAAAAAUUCACUGUGACAAAAUAAAAAUGAUCGUAUUGAAAAUUAUUGAUUUCUUAAGAGCCAUGGAGCCAAGAGAGAGGCGCCAUCAGCGAAUAAGGCAAGUGCUGCUUUUCUUUGUUUUCCUGGGAGGGUCUUUGGUGUGUUCAGAGCCCUGGCGCUAUUCUGUGGCAGAGGAAGUGGAGAUCGGCUCCGUUAUAGCCAAUGUGGUGAAAGACCUAGGUUUAGGUGUGGAAGAUUUGGUUGCACGGGGGGCAAAAGUCAUCUUUGACGACUAUAAACCAUAUUUACUGUUGGAUCAGCAGACUGGCAACUUGCUUGUAAAUGAGCAACUCGACCGGGAGGCACUUUGCCAUCUCACAGAGCCAUGUAUAUUGCAUUUCCAGGUAUUAUUUGAAAAUCCUUUACAAUUUUUUCGGGCUGAACUUUGGGUUAAAGACAUAAAUGAUCAUACUCCUGCCUUCCUAGACAAACACAUACUUCUGAAAAUCUCAGAAAGUACUGCUCCAGGAACCUCAUUCCAAAUGGACAGCGCUCAGGACUUGGAUGUAGGAAAGAAUGGUGUCCAAAACUAUACAUUAAGUCCCAAUCCUUAUUUCCACCUUAAAUUACAAGCCAGUGAUGACGGCAGAAAAUACCCAGAGCUGUUACUGGACCAAUUUUUGGAUCGAGAAAAGGAGCCCGAGUUUAGAUUAACGCUAACAGCCUUGGAUGGCGGGUCUCCGCCCAGGUCUGGAACCACACUGGUUCGUGUUUUGGUUUUAGAUAUCAAUGACAAUGCUCCAGAGUUCGAGAGGCCUGUCUAUGAGGUUCAGGUACCAGAAAACAGCCCUGUGGACUCCCUGGUCGUCCGGGUGUCUGCUACAGAUUUGGAUGCGGGAAUAUAUGGAGAACUAUCUUACUCAUUUUCCCACGUCUCCACAGACAUACGGAAAACAUUUGAAAUCCACCCAAUUUCUGGUGAAAUCCAUUUAAAAGCGCUUCUGGAUUUCGAGUUAAUUCAGUCAUAUACAAUAAAUAUUCAGGCCGUUGAUGGGGGUAGCCUUUCCGGAAAAUCAGCAAUUUUAGUUCAGGUUGUGGAUGUGAAUGACAACGCACCAGAAAUAGUCAUGACAUCUCUUACCAGCCCCAUACCUGAAAAUUCGUCACCUGAAAUGGUGGUCGCUAUUUUUAGCGUACGAGACCAAGAUGCUGGGGACAACGGGAGGAUGGUGUGCUCCAUUCAGGAUGACCUCCCUUUUCUCUUGAAGCCUACCUUCAAGAAUUUCUACACCCUGGUAACAGAGCUACCACUGGACAGAGAGAGCCAGGCCGAGUACAACAUCACCAUCACCGUCACUGACCUG